AAUGUCCCAGCGGAAGUCUUGUCUCCUAAAGUUCCAGGCGCUAAAAAAAAAAGUCCCACAAAGAGGAAAAGGCUGUCAAGUAUCAUGGAAGCUCUCCGCUUUUUAACUAUCCUUCGAUGACACGAUGAGAAAAGGUGAUUAGUUGUGUGAAGGUGUGAAACAUUUGAUCAGGUGACCGCCAUGUUGUAGUCGUCGAAAGCAUUUGGAGGCUGUUUGUUCCUUGACAAAAGAGAUUCUACGACAUGUCCGCUCAUAAACUCCGUCAGCCUUACAAAAAGGAGAGGAAAAGCAGUUUCUUCAAGCUGAUUGAGUCCUUUGCCUUGGAAAUCGGCACUUUGAAAAAGGAGAUGGGGAAAACGCCCGAGACAACAGAAGAAGACCACAAGAUGUCAGAUCCAAUGCUUGGGAUGGGUGAAGAAGUGGGGGGUCUUUUCCUGCAGGCAUCCCCCUGUACUGGAAUGGGGACCGGACUGGCUGGAGCCAGAGAUUCGGGCUAUGAUUCUCUCCAUCGAAGACUCAGUGUUUUGGACAGAUUGAUCAGGACUCAUCCUAUCUGGCUCCAACUUGACCUAAGCCACCAGAAUGCUGUACGGGUCCUGCAUAGCCAACAACCUCGGGCAUUUGUGGUGAGGAGGUCAUCCAGCCUGCAGAAGAAGGUCAUCUCUCUACGCAUGGACAAGAACUCUGCUGUUCCUGUGAAAGACUUUGUCAUCAAGGAGAGCCAGUACACUUUCUCUUUGGAAGGGUCAGGCCUGAGCUUUGCAGACCUGUUUCGUCUUGUGGCGUUCCUUUGCAUCAGCAGGGACGUGCUUCCCUUCACCCUGAAGCUGCCGGAGGCCAUCGCUUCAGCCAAAACAUCUGCUGAGCUUGCAGAUCUCGCAAGACUGGGUGCAGGUUUCUGGGACACUGAUUGGUCGAACAAGAGGAAGGUGUCCGCCACAGCUACUGACAGACCACCUCCACCCGGCCCCCUCCCGCUCUCUGUCGCACCCUCUCGAGGUCGCCCUCGGCUUCGAACUCGCACCCCAUCUGAGCUCGAGUGCUGCCAGUCCAAUGGAGCGCUUUGCUUUAUCAAUCCCCUUUUCAUUAAGGUCCAUCAGCCAGAAAACGACCAGAACCCAGACUCCGUCUUUAAGGAACCUCUGAACGGCGGCCUAGAAACCAAGACCGGGGACGCUCCUGCCGGGUCCAACUCAAAUACCAGCGACAGCAAAGCUCCAAGUCUUGGGAGUCACGCAUCACGGUGGCCUCCACCCCGUCCGCCGCCACCUCGGUUGUCGACGUCUCGAUCAGGCCUUCCCGUCCGGCAGCACAGCAUGCCGGAGAAAAUUCCCUGGAUCAAUGUCCCUAAAGAGAAAAUGGAAGACAAGGAUAAAGGCAGCAGCCUUUUAUCCCGACUUGGUUCUUCACUUAGCAUCAACUCCUCAUCGUCUCCUCCGAAGAGAUUCAGCAUUAGCUCCCCUAUAUCGAUCCCGAGGCCGUCUCUGCCCAUGUCUUUGUCGUCUUUGUCCUCCUCGCCGCGUAGACCCAAAUCCUUACCAUCGUCCUCCCUGGAGGACGCCCAGUGCCACUUGGCCCUGGAGGACCAGACAAUUGAGAAGGCUCUUCUUAAGGCCAAACUCUCUCAGCAGAAGGACGCCACGACUAACCCUCAGGCGUGCAGCAGUCUUCCGGAUUCUUCCACGAUGGCCAAGAGCAACCAGGCUGGAGAAGAUUGCAACCAGGGCAACCAGCGUCUGAGCGACAUGAGUCUUUCCACGGAUUCUUCUGACUCUCUGGAGUUCUCGUCGUCCUCGUCGUCUUUCUUCCUUCCUCCUCUGCACGACCCAAGCCCACCGACUGUGGCUGAUUUUAACACCCACCUGCCCCUUUCCAUCCCCACGUCCCAUCUGCUGUACUCUAGCAUGGAGGAAGAUGAAGACGAGGAAGAGGAUGAAGACGAAGAUGAGCACGACUAUGGGGUCAGCGUGGAGAGUGAUCAGGACCAAGACCAGGAUCUGACAAUGAUCCCGCCCGGGCACCGGAUAAGACGGCGCCCCAGUGCCGGCGCUUUGGUCCUCCAGAAAGCCCUGCGAGGUCACCUCCGCAAGAUGAGCGGCGUAUUUAACUCGCUGCUGACGCCCGAAAGGAGAGCCAUACGCAGAGUGGUGGAACUGUCCCGGGAUAAGGGCUCCUACUUCGGAUCCCUGGUGCACAACUAUCUGAGCUACAUGGGUGAGGGUGCGGGCACCCAAACUUGGAAAAACUAUGGUUCUGGUCUGGAGCUUCUUCAGACUCUGCGGCAGUUUAUCACUCAGAUGAAGAGCUACCUGCGACAGAGCUCCGAGCUGGGAUUGCCCCUCGAGAGCCUCAUACCUGAAGAACAAAUUGACUCGGUCCUGGAGAAGGCCAUGUACAAGUGCGUCCUGAAGCCGCUCAAGCCCAUGAUCAGUGCUGCACUGCAGGAGUUCCAGGUGCGCAGCGGGGAAUGGCAGGAGCUGAAGGAGAACAUGGCUCUGGCCAAGGCUCGGCAGCCGCAAGAAAUGGGAGUGGAUGACGCGGUGCCGCCGGACCCUGUGGCCAUAGAAAAGAUCAAGUACAAGUUCCACUCCAUGUCCAAGCUGUACUCCCCAGAGAAGAAGGUCACCAUGCUUCUGAGGGUUUGCAAGCUCAUCUACACCAUCAUGGAGGACAAUUCAGGUCGUCUGUUUGGGGCAGAUGACUUCCUGCCCAUGCUGACCUACGUGUUGGCGCAGUGCGACAUGCCCCAGCUGGACAACGAGAUACUUUACAUGAUGGAGCUGCUGGACCCGUCGCUGCUUCACGGAGAAGGUGGCUACUAUCUGACCAGCGCGUACGGAGCGAUGUCUCUCAUCCGCAACUUCCAGGAAGAGCAGGCGGCCAGGGUGCUGAGCUCUGACACCAGGAAUACGCUCCACCAAUGGCACCAGCGUCGUACCACUUUGCACUCUGCACCGUCUUUUGACGACUUCCAGAAUUACCUCCGCGUGGCGCUGCAGGAGCUGGACAGCGGCUGCACAGCCAAGACCCUCCAGGUGGGCCCCUACGCCAACGUGGAGGAGGUGUGUCAGCUCUGCGCCCACAAGUUCAAAGUGUCAGACCCCGACAAGUACGGCUUGUUCCUGCUGACGGGGGGCAGUAGCCAGCAGCUGGCGCCGGACACCCAUCCUCAGAAGAUCAAGGCGGAGCUGCACACCCGCCCGCGAGGUGCCCCCUUCCACUUUGUCUACCGCCGUCUGGCGCCGACCGAGGCGUCGGCACCUCUCCACCAUCACACUGUGAACGCUGAACCCCGGGUCCACCUAAACAACCUCAGUACAGACCUUCAAACCCCUUCCCCUGACUCGGGCCUCGGCCUGUCAUGUUAAGCAGACCCCUGACGGACCCAGUGGACCGUGUUCACUGGCGUAUCUGGGACACAUGGACCGCAAGAACAGCACCACUUGGCGCUCUUACACGGAAACGUUGCGUCAGAAGCACAAGUUGAUGUUUGUUCUUUGCUUCCUUGACAGGCAACACUUCAUGAAAUGUAGCUUUUCAACACAUUUUGGUGAUUUGUCUUUUUCAGGCAAUGUGCCACUAACCCACAGGAAGCCAUUUACAGAUCAAAAAAGAUGUACACAGCAUAUAUUGGAUAAUAUACAUUACAUUGGAAUUAUCGAUAUUCCAGUAUGGACCCGCACAGCACUACUAAUGACAAACCGUUCAUAUCAUAAUACAUAUAAAAUGUAUUUAUAUACGUAUAAAGUCAAAUCAUGGCGAAAAAAACGUCCCUCUACCCAAUUUGGCACCGAAAGUGGUAAGUUAAUGGCUUAGGUUUUGAAAAAAAAAAUCAAUUCGAGGCUAACUGGUUAGCUCGCUAGCUAGCAGUUUCAACAUAUCCCUGCGGUGUGGUGUAAACAAUGAAUAAUAGUGUAACUGUGACUAUUUCAUGUCUACAUAGCGCUACUAAUGUUAAAGACCUAUUUGGCACCGAAAGUGGUAAGUUAAUGGCUUAAGUUUUGAAAAAAAAAUCUAGGCUAACUGGUUAGCUCGCUAGUUUGUUAACUCGCUAGCUAACAGUUUCAAUAUAUCCCUGCGGUGUGGUGUAAACAAUGAAUAAUAGUGUAACUGUGACUAUUUUAUGUCCACAUAGCGCUACUAAUGUUAAAAACCUAUUUGGCACCGAAAGUGGUAAGUUAAUGGCUUAGGUUUUGAAAGAAAAAAAAAUCGAUUCGAGGCUAACUGGUUAGCUCGCUAGCUAGCAGUUUCAACAUAUCCCCGCAGUGUGGUGUAAACAAGGGAUAAUGGUGUAACUGUGACUAUUUCAUGUCCACAGUGCGCUACUAAUGUUAAAAAACCUUUUUGGCACCGAAAGUGGUAAGUUAAUGGCUUAGGUUUUGAAAAAAAAAAAUCAAUUCGAGGCUAACUGGUUAGCUCGCCAGCUAGCAGUUUCAACAUAUCCCUGCAGUGUGGUGUAAACAAUGGAUAAUAGUGUAACUGUGACUAUUUCAUGUCCACGGUGCGCUACUAAUGUUAAAAACCUAUUUGGCACCGAAAGUGGUAAGUUAAUGGCUUAAGUUGUGAAAAAAAAUCGAGGCUAACUGGUUAGCUCGCUAGCUUGUUAACUCGCUAGCUAGCAGUCUCAAAAUAUCCGUGCAGUGUGGUGUAAACAACGAAUAAUGGUGUAACUGUGACUAUUUCAUGUCCACAGUGCGCUACUAAGGUUAAAAACCUUAUUUAUAAAAACAGUUUGCCGAGAUCCAACAACGAAAAAACUCCCAUUUAACACAUAUCAAGCGCUUAUGGCUUCUUGUGGGUUAAAACAAAUGCCUAGCGACAGAUGACGUCACAGAAGUAUUUCAGUUGCUGGUAAACUGCUCUACGUGUCCAACAGCGACACCCAGUGGUUGUUGACGAUUGCUCGGUAGAAAUGACAACUCUGUGCAUACAACUGCCAAACAUUGCGUUACUAUUAUUAUUAUCUUCCUCAUUCUUAUAAGGAGUGAUUUAUGCAGCUACUUUAUUAUUUUAGACGGAAGUAUUAAUACUUUUAACAGCAUUUCUAUUGCAAGUCAUGUGGAUCAUGCACAUCAUUUUGCCAGUAACAUUGGUUGUGUACUAACUCUACUUGGAGAGUCAUGUAUUGCUAUUCUAUGAGGGCAUCUUUAUCGUCCUUCAGGUCUGUCACGAAGGACCAAGACCUCAGGCUGUCUGUGUUGUUGCACUUUUGUCAAGCUCUCUGUGCUACUGAAACAUCUAUUUUCGUCCAAAUCAACAAAUAAAACUGUUUUCAUACUGAGGAGUUGAAAAUGACAUU